AUGCGUAAAAUGGCGCCGUCGACGGCGAAGGCGAAGAACCACGUCGACGAAGAAAAUAGAUUAACAAGAGGAUUAACUAAACUUUCCACUGCAUUCACUACAGACCUACAGAACUUUCAGGAACUCCGUUCAAAAUGUACAAAGGCAGUAGAAGGAAUAACUUCCAAUACCGCCUAUAAAACACAUCAAAAUGUUUUAUGUGAUUAUAUAACUUCUGCUGUUAGAGGUACUUACGGGAAUAGUCGACGAAAGGGUCAAGGCUCUUCCGAGGUUUGGAGUGGAUUAGAUCGUAAGAAUCGUUGUUAUAUGUUACGAAUAUGUAUGAAAUAUUUAAUGUAUCAUUAUUGUAUAUCGGAGGAUGAUGUUAAGACGGUUUUAAAUGCAAUGGAAUCGCAAGUUAAGACAUGGAAUGUGGGAGGGGAUGGAAGUCCAGAGGAAAAGGAAAAGAAUAGAGGGGCUUUUGGUAGGUGUAUAUCAAAAUCUUUGGUUAAAAGUCCAAAGGGGGGAAAUGACUUAAAGUGUAAAGUAAUUAAAAUAAUUAAGGAUAGUGAUAGAGGUAAGCCGGAACAAUUAGAAAAGAUUAAACCCUCAGGGGGAGGAAGUGGAACUUGCCCUAUGAAUUAUGACAAUGGUUGUAAUAACGGUAACGCCGUCACCGGCGUCCCCGCCGUCGAUGUCGACAGCGAAGAAAGCGAAGACGAUGACGAAGAUGAUGAGGAUGACGACGUCGACACGAUAACCACAACAACAACAACGACAACAUCAUCGAUACAAACACCAUCCCUUCCAGGAGCGAAUGGGAAGAAAGGGAACCUUCCCUUUCCUUCCCUAUCUUCUUUUCCUUUUGACUCGAUUCAUCCUUAUCUUCCUCUAGUUCCUCCUGUCCUUGGAAUUAUGACCAUAACUUAUUUCCUUUGGAAGUAUUUUGGGCAACUGGGUAAAAUAAGACGUUUCAGAAGAGCUCCUUCAAGAAUUCCUGGUCCAUCGGUACAGGAACAGCUCCUCGAUCAUGUGCAGAAAGAUAGUUCACAUGAAUAUCGAUUGGUGAAGGAACGAAAACCUCGUUCUGUUCCAACGAGAGAAAAACGUUCUGGUCGCGUGAAUCGUCGAACGAUUAUUGAAAUUCAUUUUGAAGUGUUAGACGAAUGUCAAAAAGGGGACUCACAAUUGGCUCAGAAGGAUUUUCUAGAACUUUUGGUUCGUGAGUUCAUGGGAUCCGAAUUAAGGGAAGAAGAACAGGUUCUUAAGGAAGAAGUUCUUAUGGAAAGUGUUCCAAUUUUAGGUUCCUGGUUACUGGUUUAA